AUGGACACGACCCAACAGGAAUGGGAUAAGCUCUUGAACGCUGCCAAUGGUGGCGACGGCUUCGCGAUCGACCAUAUAGUAGAGGGGCGGCUGAGGGGUGACUUGCCCCCUUCCCUGAGAGACGCUUACGAGGCACAGUGCUUUCUCAUGUGGAGCAGGGAUGGCGACUACACGGCGGACCUGAAAGAAGCCGCCGCCGCCCAUGACCCAAGCGAGCCCGUAACUUUUCGGGACGAUGACGUCUCUGUGCUCGACGUGCGCUUCGUGGACGCAUCCUCCGCUUGCAGCUUCCUCGGUCUCAGCCUGGAAGGAGAUUACGACAUCAGCAUCUCCUUCCACCCCAGGAGCACAAAGCCCAUCAGGGUUUUGCUCAGGGAGGAGAGCGGCGCGGACGCGACCGAUGACGACCCAGACGUCUUGGAGAGGAGCAAGAUGUGGGAGUCCUCCGGAUACAAGGUGCUUCGGGAGUGGACGCCCCGGAGUAGAGUGAGUUCCAGGCGCACCUCUUUCGAUGGCCGCCCGCCUCCGAAGGCGCAGAACGACAACUUCAAGGGCCGCUCCGUCGUUUACACCAUAAGAACGCUGUCCGCGAGGAUGCAAGGCAAGUCCAACAAAGGUGCCGACUCCGAUCUGGACGUGCGGCUCGGGAUCAGAGAGCCGAUGCCGGAAGCGGACGACUCGUCCCUAGUCCUGAAGGUCACGACGAUCGCUCGCAUCUCGUCGCGACAAGAGAAAGGUGGCACCAGCGUCAGGGCGGUGUCGUCGAUCCGCAUCACCACCAACGCCGGUGCUUGCAGCCUCGUCGACUGCGACACCGGCUCUCAUCAAGUGGGAAUCUUCGAACGCCUCGGAAACGCCGUCUACUGCAACUGGAUCUUCGGCGGCCAUACCUUUGAGUGCGGCCGAACUGCCGUGGUGCCGCUGACCUCCCCAGCGGAGUCGGAGUUCUGCGCGAACUCAUUCUGGCUACUGUCUUCGAAAGGUUCUCGAACUAUGCACUUAGAAUCGAAUAACGAGGUAUCUGACGCCAGCGAGGCGGACAAGCGCGGCCUCAAAGCGAAGCUCUCGCGCAUAUUCUCAGACGACAAGAGCGCUAGACCUACGCUGUUCUCACAGAAGCGCCUGGAGAUAUAUCUCCAAGGAAAUGCGGCGUUCAUUGACCGACUCGAGAGGCAAGGGGUUCUCAAUCGGAUUCGAAAGAACAACACGAGUUGGAACAAGACCCAGGCGGACAACCUGAAGACGCGCCGAGCGAGCCUCAUGGGGGCGAACAAGAAGCAAGGGACGCUCCUUCCAGGGGCGACAGUUUGGGCGAAAAUGGUAAUAAAGAGCUGGAAGCACCGAGAGCUGGAAGCACAGCUGGACUGGGGCACCUGA